AUGGAAAGAAUAAAAAUUAUGAUAGCCUAUUCUGUUUUUAUAUUUAGCUUAUUUGAUCUAAGCUAUGAGAAGAAAGUUGAAGUAACAUCAAAUAAGUUUAAAUCGAAUAUAAAAAAUUUAUCCUCUGUUCCUAACCUGGAAAAAACAGAAUUAAAAAAUUUUGUUAUUGAAUAUAAUAACGAGAAAAUGAAAAAUUUACGAAUUUCUAUUUCUUCAAAUCCAAAUAUAUAUAAUAAAAAAAUAGGAAAAUUAGAAAUUGAAGAGAAAAAAUCUCCAAAUAUAUACAAAGUGAAAUCAUCUGUGGUAAAAAAAGAUUAUAAUAUUAAAACCAAUCCGUCAAAUAUUAUGCAUAUAGAAAAAAAUAUUCCUUAUUUAUCUAACAUAUAUAUUUAUAAUGGAGGGAAACAAAAUAAGUUAGUUAGUAGUGCAUACUCCUUUAUUGAAGAAAAAACUUCAGAAUUAAUUGAUCAUCAAUUAUUAAAUGAUUACAGGAGUUUAAUUAAACAGCUCGAUGAAAAUUAUAAAAAAGGAAGAGAUUCCUAUAUUAAAUUAUUAUCAUAUAAGGAAACUGAAAAAUACUACCUUGAAAAAGAAAAAGAAUAUUAUCAAAAUUUUCAAAUUAGGAUAGUCCCUGCUAUUGAUGAAAUAAUUAAAAGUGCAGAAGAGUACAUAAAUUACUGUAAAAAAUCUAAAGAUGAUAUUAAAAAAAAAAUGAAUGAAUUAGAACUUAUUGAAAAUGUUGAGAAAGUAGAUACAAUUACUCAAAAAAUUGAUGCAUUUAAAUCAGAUAUAGUAGUUAUAAAGGAAAAACUCAAUAAAGAUUUUGAAUCCAUUGAAAAAAAAAGAGAAGAUGUUUAUAAAGAUGUAGAUACAUAUUUAAAGUUAGAACGAAUCAAAGUAAAACAAAAAAGAAAUGUGAGAGGCUCUUAUAGAAAGACUAUUGAAAGUUAUCUUGGGGAAAUGGAUAGCUGUGAGAAAUGCGGCAAUCUUACAAAAGAAUGUGAAAACUUCUUGGAGUCUGAUAGUAAGUUGUUAAAAAUUAAAAAUAAAAAUUUCUAUCACAAAAAAUAUAAACACACUUUAAAGUUAUUAAUGGAAGAAAUUAAUGACAUUAUAACAAUUUCUAAAGAAAACGAAAAAAUUAUUUCUGAUAACUUUGCGUCUAUUAAAGAUAUGCAAAAUAAUGUACGUAAUUUUGUAUUUGAUAAUAAUAAUAUUACAGAAAAGGCUACUUCUCUUUCUAUUGCUUAUUAUAAUUAUAUUUUUGCGGAAAAAAGUUGCCAAGAAUUGAAAUUAAACUUUGAAAAGAAAAAAGGAGAAAUUUAUGUUUUAUUUGACAACAUAGCAAAGGAAUUAGGAGAUGAAAUAAAUUCUCUAGUUUAUCCCUCAGAGAUAGAAUCAAAGAAUGAGAAAAUUUAUUCACAAUCAAAGGAAAUAUUGAGUUAUGUAGAUCGUAUGAUACAUGAAAAUUGUGAAAUAUUAGAAGAUUUAUCAUAUAGCAAUCAAGAAAUUUCUGCUAUUAUCAAUAAAAUUAUUCAAUUAUAUUCUCAAAUAGGUACACAUAACAUAAGUUUGAAAAGAGAGUUUCAUUCAAUUAAUGAAAAAUAUAAUUCUUUUAAAUCAGAAAAGUGCCAGAUAGAAACAUGGAAACAGAAUCUACCUAUAGAUAAUCAAAAAAUAUUAAUUGACAUUACAGAAAAUGUUCAUGCUAAAAAGAAAAAUAUUGAAGAUAUCAUAGCAUCAUCGAAUAAAAAAAAUGAAGAAUUAGAAAGAAAUUUUGAAGCAUUAAAGAGUUUGAAAGAUGAGAUUGAGGAAUUAAUUAAAAAAAUUAAAACAGAAAAAGAGAUUUUAAAGGAAUUAAAAACGAAAGAGGAUGAACAGAUAAAACAAGCUGUAGGAAAUAUAGAACAGGAAUUAGAAAAUAUUGGAAGAAAAAUAAGUAAGUUAAAAUCAUUUAUGGACUUAAAAUGCACAGAAAAUAAGGACAUAAAAAUUAUUGAAAAAGUAAUUGAUGAAUCAUCAUUUGAUAAUAAAAGUGAAUAUACAACAAAAAAAGAAAUAGCUAAAGAAAAAAUGGAAACAGCUGUAAGAUCAUUAUUUCAUAAUGGAAAAAUAGAAAAAACAUAUAAUGAAAUACCAAAUUAUAUAUCUGAAAAAAAAAGAGUCAACUAUAUGAUAUAUGACUUAAAUACAAUUAAUAGUAUAUUAGGAGAGUUGAAACAAAAAUCUACUGAAAUAGAUAAUAUUAUAGAGGAAGGUACAACUAUUAUGGAAGGUGAUAUAGCAUCCGCCACUAAAAAUCUUUCAGAACUCAGAGACAACAUUAUAACUGAGUCUAUUGAAGAUUUACAUAAUAAAAUGAAGAAUUCGCACGAAACUUUUAAUCAAAUAUUGAGUUUUAUAAAUGAUAGUAUGAUUGAUUAUAAAAAGAAAAAAGAUAAAUUUAAAGAUUUCGAAGAAGAUAUAAAGAAAAAAAAAAUUUCAUUCUUCGACAACCUUGUUGAGGAAGAUAGUGACACACUAGAAGGAAAAGAUACAUUUCAAGAAACAUUUAGUCUUAAUAAAAUUAUUAAAGAAAAUGAAAACUUGAUAUUAACAAAAAUCAGUGAAGCAAGAAAUAUUGUUUCUAUUUAUAAAGAACAAUUUGAAAUAUACAAAAAAAUAGAGGAACAUGAAAAAAUUCUUAAUAAUCAUAUAGUUUUUGGCAAUCUUAAAGCUUUAAAGGAAAAAAUUAUUGAAAUAAAUGCAGAUAAAAAAUUAAAUGAUUAUCAGAGAGAUUAUGAGAGUGUAACUAGUUCAAUAGAUGAUAGCAUAGAAAAAGUUAGGUUAUCAAAAAAAAUAAUAGAAGAUAUUAAAGUUUUAAAUAAAGUUAUAAAUGAAUCCAAUAAAAAUGGAGAAUCAAUUGAGAAUUUAAGAAGAAAUUUGAAGGAAUUAGAAGAAAAACUAAAUAGACAUUAUAUCUCUAUUGAAGAAGAUAGCUUGAUAGAAAAUAAUGUAAAAGAAAACCUUUUAAGUGAAUUAAGAAAAAAAAAAAAAAUUGUGGAAGAUCAAAUGAAACCAAUUGAUGAAUCAGAGAAAAAGUCAAAGGAUCUACUAGAGUCCUCUGCAGAUUUAAAAAAAAACGGCAAGAAUUCCCUUAAUGAAAAAAAUAUAACAAUCGAUUCAGAAAAUAUAUCAAGAAAAAAAAAAAAUUUAGAAACUAUUAUAGGCGAUAUAGCAAGUUCAAAUGUAAGAAUAAAUACAUUAAGUUUAGAAGUUGAUAAUUUAAUUAACACCCAAAAUAAUGAAAUUGCAAAUAUGAUUUAUAGUUUUAUAAUGGAACUAUAUCAAGAAAUAAGCAAAAAAAUAGUAGCAAGUUCACGAAUUUUAGAGGUAGCUGAAAGAGGUUUCAAAAAAUAUAAAUUUGAAAAAGAUAUAAAGAAUGUGAUUUAUAAUAAUAAUAAGGAAAAAUUGAAUGAAAUAUGGCAAAGUUUUAGUGAAUUAAAGAAUAAUAUUAAUAUAGAUAAAGAAAAAAUUGCAGAAAUUCAACAUAAAUUUAAAAGUGAAGUUGAUAACUCUAAUAAUCUAAAGAAAUAUAAUGAAAAAUUCAAUGAAAAAAGAAACAAUAUGAAAAGGAAGUAUGAAAAAAUGAAAAAAGAAUUGGAAGAUCAUGAUAAAGUGGACAUAAGGUUGCAAAAUACAUUAGCAGAAAUUAAUGAAAAAAAAUUAGAAUAUAAAAAAAUAUUAGUAUAUGAUUACCUUGAUCAAAUUACAGAUGUAAAAAGAAGAGCUGAAGAAGAAAUAAAAACUAUUGAUCUGUAUAAAGAAAAAAUUAAGCAAUUAGAGGAAAACAUACCGGAUAUAGAAAAAUGUUCAUUAGAAAGUUUAAAUUAUGAAGAUUAUGUUAGUGGUGCUAAAAGAGAUAUAGAGGAAAUAAAUAGAUUAGAAAAAGAUGUUAAAGCAACAAUGAAAAAUAUAUCAACAGUAAAAGUAGAAAAUGAUAUUUAUGCCAUCCAAAUAAACGUUGAGGGAAAAUUGAAAGAAGUUAUAAAUAAAAAGAGUAAAAUAGAUUAUGCAUCAAAAACAAUUAAACAUAUAGAAAUGAUGUUAACAUCGACAACAUUUAGCGUAGUAAUGCAAGACAUAGAAAAUAACGCUCAACUAGUUAAAAAAGAAGAAGAAAAUGCAAAAAAAGAAUUCACGGAAUCAGAAAAUGCAAAAAGAAAAGUACUAGAUUAUUUGAAAAAUGCAGAGGAAUUAAGGGAUUUACUUACACAUAACUUAGAUGAAGAUUUAUUUGAUAAAAAGAUAGAAGAAAUAAGGUUAGUUAGAAAAAACAUUAAAUAUAAAAUAAAAGAUAUAAAUGUGUUUUUAUCAGAAGCUGAAAAGCACAAAGUUGCUUCUUCAUUUUAUUUUAAUAAUAUCAUAAGAGGAAAAGAUAAAAUAAUAUAUUUAAAAAAUAAUGAUGAAGAAAAAAUAUUAACUGAUCAAGUAAUGGAAAAUGUAAAUAGAUACGUUGUUGAGUCUGAAAAUUACUCAAAUAAGGCAGCUAAAUAUACAGAAGAAACUCAUAAAAAUUAUGAAUUGUCUUUGAAAUAUAGAGAAAAGAUGAAUGAUAUUUUAAAUGAUUCUAUAAUUUUAGCAGAAAAAAUGAAGAUUGAGAUGAAAAAAAAUUAUGUGACAGAUAUACUUAUAAAAAUGCAAAAUGGUUACUACGAUAAUAUAUACCUAUUAAAAGGAUUAAAAAAAAGAUUAAUUAGACUAGAGCAAGAAGAUAUUAAUAUGCAAAAUGAAGAUGAAGCAAAUAAUGAAAAAUCCAUAGAUGCAUUUACUAAAAUACAAAUUACAAGAAUAAAUGCAAACCAAACUCUACUAGAUAAAGAGAAAUUAAAAAAUAGAAUAAUAAAUAUUAUAAGUGAUGCCGAAAAUGAAAUGAAUUCCUUUUAUACUAUAGUUGAAAAAAAUUAUGAAAGUUCAUUAAAUGAAUUAGAAAUAGGAAAAGAUAACUUAGAAAAAAUUUCAAAAGUUUUAGAAAAUUUUGAAGAAAAAAAAAAAUUUUUUGACACUGAACUAAAUUAUCUUAAGGAUAUAGAGACUAUAACUGCUACACUAGAAGAUCAAAUGGUAUUAUAUAAAAAAUUUUAUGAAGAAGGAAUCCUGGAAGAGAUAAAAAAAAUAGCUGAGGAAUAUAAAAAAAAUAUAGAUGUAUUAAUAAAAUCAAUAAAAUUAACUAUUGACACAUCAAUUACAUUUUUGAAAAAUUCUGCAUUAAAAGAAAAUGUUAUAUUACAAAAAUUUAAAGAUCCUGAAAGAAAAAUGAAUGAGAUAUAUGACUCAUUUAAUAAAUCGUACAAAGAAAUAGAAAAAGAAGCAUUAAUGAUUUUAGAAUCUUCUAAAACAUAUAAUGAUUUGAAAGAGAAAAAAGAAAAAGCUAAAGUAGAAAAAGAAAAGCUUAUAGAAUUUAACAAGGAAAUGAAAAAUUUGCUGAAUAAUAUUAAUGAUAUUAGAAUAAAUGAGAUAUUAAGAUUAAUAUUAUAUAUGAAAAAUGAAUUAGAUAACGUUAACGAAAAUGCUAAGGAAGAGUAUACAAAAUUGGGGAAAUAUUCAGAAAAUAUUAAAAGAAAUCUUGAAAAUAUUAUAAAUUCAAAUUGCACAUGUACUGCAUUGAUUGAGAUAGAUAAUGCAAAAAAUAAAAUUAGUAAAUUUAAAGAAAGGAAAAUAGUGCAUUCUUCUUAUAAAGAUAAAGCAUAUUUAAUUUAUGAUAAAAUAUGUAAAAUAAUUUCAUUUAUAGAUAUGAAUAUAGAAUCAACAUCAAUUUUGGAAGGUUAUAAAGACAUAGAAAAUGCAGAAGAUAUUGUUUUAAGUAUACAAGGUGAUUCAUUUGAUAUAAAUAAUAAAGAAAAAGAGAAUGAAGAAAAUAUUAUCAUUAUGGAAGAUAUUUAUGAAAAAAUAAAAAUAAGAGAUGAACUAAAAAAAAAAAUUAAAAAUACAAGAUAUAAAGUUGAUAAAACUUUACGUAGUGCACAAGAUUCACUUGAAAAUUUUAAAAAAAUAAAAGUUAUUAAUAUCAAUGAGGAAUAUGAUGAAAUAUUGCGAAAUUCUAAAGAAUAUGGGAAUUUUAAAAAAAUUAUCAGUUUUUAUGAAGAAAAGUAUAAUAAAAUUCAGACAGAGUUAAAAACAGACGAAAUAGUAGCAGAAUUUAAUAAAUAUGGGAAUUUUUUAAAUGAUUUAGGUUAUUUUAUUGAAAUAUUACAUAUAAAGAAGUUUACUGAAGGUGUAAUAGAAAAAGUAGAAGAUUAUAUAAACAUUAUUGAAAAUAAAGUAGUUGAUACAAAUAAUAACAUUUUAGGAAUUAAUUCUUAUUUUUAUAAGUUAUUAGAAUUAAGAGAAAAAUGCAAGUUACAUAUUCUCUCUUUAGCUAUUACAGCUAUUAAUUCUGAAAUGUCGAAUGAUUCAACCAUAAUUGAAAAAAGGAAAAAUAAUGCUGUUGAAUGUGUAGAGUAUGUUGUAAAUAGUUAUAACUCCAUAAAUUAUGACAUUUAUACAACCAAUGAAUGUUUUCAUAGGAAUAUCAUUAGUAUUUAUGAAUUAAAUGGUGUUGAACAUUUAAAUAAUCUUAAAGAUGAAUUAAAGAAAAACCAACAAAAAGUUAUAGAAAGAAUAAAUGAUAUAAAAAAACUAUUUUUAAGAGCAAAUGAAAAAAAAAAUUCUAUUUAUGUAGAUAAAAAUUUACUAGAAUUAAAAAUUCUCUAUAAAGAGUUUAAACAAGAAAAAAACCACUUAAAAAAAAUUUACAAAAAGAUUAAUGAAACAAAAUUGAAAGAAAUGGAAAAUAGUUCUAAAAAAUUUGUUGAUAUAGCAGAAUCAUAUAAAAAUGUUAUAGAAAAUGAAAAGAGGUAUAUUUUAGACUUAAAAAAUUAUUUAGAAAAAAUUGAAUAUUUCAUGAAAGGAGAAUACCAAAAAUUACUUCUUAUUAAACCUAUAGAUACAAAAGAAAAAAUUUUACAACUUGAUGAAUUUUAUAAUUUGUCUAUAUAUAUUUUUAUAGAAAUAUAUAAGUAUGAAAAUCACAAUAAUAGUGAAAAUAAGAAAAUGAUGAAUCAUAUAAAACAAAUUUCAUAUUUAAUAGAAAGAACAAUAUUUUUAAUGAAAGAUACAGAAUUAUACCAGUGUGAGAAUUAUGAUGAACUAUCAGAGGAAGAAAACAAGGAAAUAUUAAAUGACGUAAAUGAUUAUAAAAAAAGAACUAAAAGUAAGAUAGAAGAAUCAAGAAGAAUUUUUGAAAGCAUAAUGAGAAGCAUAGACCAAAAUAAAAUAUUUAUACAUGAAAACAAUAAUAUGAUUCAUUCUAUUUAUAAUAUUGUAAUUAAAGUGAAUAAUAUAAUACAAUAUUACGAAAAAGAAAUAAUUGAAAAAGGAGAAUAUAAUGAAAUAAAAAUCCAUUUAAAUACAACUAAUAAGAUAAAGGAUAAAAAUAUAUUAAUUACUAAUAAUGUUGGUAAUGAUAUUCAAUAUAAUGAGAUGGGUUCAGAACUGUACUCACAAAAUAAAGAGAACAGUAAAAGUAAAUUAGAUAACGGAAGCAUUAAAUUAAUAGGAACUCUAAUUGCGUUGUUAAUAUGUUAUGGUGUAUUAAUUUUAAUUGUUUAUAAAAGUAAUAAUAGGAAAAUUAAUUAUAAUAAUAAGAGUUUUAAUAAUUUUGCAUUUUCUAAUAAUGCACAUAACUCUUAUAAAGAAGGAGAUACUCAAAUAUAUUUUAAUAUCCUAUAA